AGGAAAGCAAACCGUCAGCCUCCCUCUUUUUGCACAUGGACCACCCUCUCGCGUUCUCCUAGCGGGUCGGGCCGCCUCGUGCCGCAGCUGUGAGCGGGCCUUCAUUCUCGAUGAGAGCAAAGACUCGGGGAGCGUGAGGAGCGCACGGAGAUAUGACAACGCCGGGCAACUAAGAUCCUUCGACCGGCAUCUACCUGACCGCUGACAACCGAGAGAGGAAUCUUUUUUUCUGGCGAUAAAUCGAGAGCGACAGAAUGGGACCUGGAAUGUGGAGCUUGAUUACUUUGUUUGGUCUGUCGCUCUGGAGCAACGGUGAAGCCGUCAUCAAGAAGCCCUUCGUCGCGCGGCCACGGAGAGCGGCGGAGGCCAAUGGAGAAAAAAACACCAGGUGCUCCUACACCUUCCUGGUUCCCGAGCAGAAGAUCACAGGCCCCAUCUGCGCAGCCAGAGGUCCCGUCCCUGACAAAGACCGAGUGACUCGCCUCGACGUGGCCGCGGUGCGCGACCUUCUGUCGAAGCAAAGGCGGGAAAUGGAGACAGUGAAGCUGGUGGUGGAUGUGGACGGGAACCUGGUGAAUGAGAUGAAGCUGCUGAGAAAAGAGAGCAGGAACAUGAAUUCCAGGGUGACCCAGCUCUACAUGCAGCUGCUGCACGAAAUCAUCAGGAAGAGGGACAACUCACUGGAGCUGGCUCAGCUGGAGACGCGCAUCCUGAACGCCACCGCUGAGUCGCUGCGGCUGUCCUCGCGCUACAAGGAGCUGGAGGCCAAAUACGCCGCCCUCUCGGCGAUGGUGAACAACCAGUCGGUGGUGAUCGGAGCUCUGGAGGAGAGUUGUAUGACGAUGGAGGACCGCAGGCGAGAGCCGCCGCCGCCGCCGCUGAGCCCCCCGAUGGUGCACGUGGUGCCCGAGAACAUUCCCGUCAAUGUGCCGCGUUUCACCAACGAGAUACGAGGGGAUAAUAGCGGACGCUUUGCCCGCGAAAGGGGCUCUCGCUCUGGGCCGUCACCAACCGGCGGCACCCUGGAAGUCCAGAAACCUCCUCAAACAAACUUUAGCGCCGAAGGUCCAUUCCGCGACUGUCUGGAAGCGCAAGAGGCCGGCCACGUCACCAGCGGCAUGUACCUGAUCAAACCGGACGAGGCGGAGAGGUCCCUGCAGGUCUGGUGUGAGCAGGAUAUGGACAACGGAGGCUGGACUGUGAUUCUGAGCAGGAAAGACGGCUCUGUUAACUUCUUCAGGAACUGGGAAAAUUACAAGAGCGGCUUUGGCAACACCGACGGGGAGUACUGGCUGGGUCUGGAAGGCAUUUACAAGCUGGGACGUCAGGGCGACUACAAGCUGCAGGUGGAGCUGGAGGACUGGAUGGACAAGAAGGUGUACGCUCAGUACAGUAGCUUCCACCUGGAGCCUGAGAGCGAGGGCUACCGCCUACGCUUGGGCACCUAUCGAGGCAACGCCGGCGACUCCCUCAGCAGCCACAACGGCAAACAGUUCACGACUCUGGAUCGAGACAAGGACGCUUUCUCGGGUAACUGUGCCCAUUUCCACAAAGGAGGCUGGUGGUACAACGCUUGCGGCCAAGCCAAUCUCAACGGCGUGUGGUACAGCGGCGGUGUCUACAGAAGCAAAUUCCAGGAUGGGAUCUUCUGGGCUGACUACGGCGGCGGCUUCUACUCCAUGAAGUCGGUCCGCCUGAUGAUUCGGCCCAUAGACGGAUGAGACGCCGGACGGCGCCGGUCCGCGCUCCAAACUUGAACCUCAUUUGAAAGUGUGCCGUUAGAUGUCGUCCUCGACGGGAGGGUUAACCCAACGGAGAUCGACAUUCCGUCCUUUUACAGUUAGGACUGUUCUGUUUAUAUGUACAUGCAUAUCAUUAUCGAAACAAAUUGGGAGAUUGGGGGUGUAUUUAUAAGAUGUAUUGUUACUUUAACCAAUAAUUAUAUAUAUAUAUAUAUAUAUAUAUAUAUAUUCAUUGGUGAAGGAAAAUGAAGAACUGCAGGUGCAGUUCAAUCAAAGUUAUGCAAGUAGAUAAUGCAACACGUCGAUCUAAUUUUUUGGUUUUCCUUAUUCCUGCUACACCCAAACAGGAGCUGUAAGGAUUCCAAUCUUAAUGCAGCUCUUCCUACCUCACCGCCAUGAGAAACAUCUGAAGGAAACACACAUUUUUGGUAUUUAACUUGUGCCGUGCUUCCUGGAAACUGGAAAAUUGAUCUUUACAGCUUUCUUUUUUUGACUCGCCCCCUCCAAAAUCAAGCCCUUUCAUUUUUCUCUUGACACUUAAAAUGACCUUUGCGCGAUGUGUUUAACGACUUUGGGCAGAAACUCUAAUUUAUAUGUACAAUUAACUUAUCAGAACAGUGAAAAGGGCCCGGCGUCCUGAGGGAAAGGAUGUAUAGCAAUCGUUGUGUGCGUGCGUUUUCACAUAUGGACAUGUGUUGCUUGUUUGACUCAUUCAACCUUUGAUUUUGGUACGACACCCAGAGCAGCAACUGUGGAAUUUGAUGUUGUUUUGCAGCGUUUUAAGAGUUAUAGGCACUUAGACCAAAAUAACGAGAAGCCCUUUUCACGAAGCCAGACAUGACGGCGCGAGAAAAGGAGCAGCGGGUGUCUGGGGAUGGAAUCGGAUGGAAAGUUAUGCCCGCUCACCCCCUUUUAAAUACAUACAGACAUUUACAUUCUUUCCACACAAAACUACUUGGACCGUAUGUUUCUUUCCAUCAACUAAUUCACGGGUGAGUGUACGCAGUAAGCGCCGAUAUGAAAGUCGAGUUUGAAUCGUUCUUUGAGGAAAGGAGUGUUUGAGCUGCCUUAUUGCUGUUUUGCUUUUCGACCUUCACGUUACACGGGUCAAGCCAAACCUGUCAGGGAAAAUUCGAAUUCAAAGCUACUUUGGAUUAGAGACCGGGCACAAUGCGCUACUUCAUACCUUAGUGGUCCACUUCUGUUUACUGCCGAUCAAAGGAUCACCAUUGUGCCAUUCUGCCAUUUGAGUUCAUGUCUUUGACUAUGUUGACAUUCCAAACUUAUAGAUCAACGGUUAUAUUCAAUCCAGUGAAAGAAACAGAUUGUCUUCAUGGAAAGAAAGUUGUCAGACCGACGAUCCGGAGCAUUCUAUAUUUGACGUUAUCGAAAUGCAGAGUUGCGCUUGUGUGAUCCUCGUUGUUGCACGAAGACAUUUGACAGAAUACAGAGAUUGCACAAUACCAUUUCAUUUAGAGUGCUAACACAUUUCGGUGGGUAACUGGAAAAGAGCAAUUCAUCAGUUCAUGUAUGACUCAUAACCACAAUAAUUGAUGACAUUUGGUUGAAGUGUUCGUCACACCGUUGUUUAUUAGCGCAAAAAUGAGAGAAACACAUUUAGAACCUAUUAGAGAUUUUGGUUUGUUUGAAACGGUAUUUUUCCGGCUGGAAGUGACACGUCAAGUUGAGGAAAGACUUUAAGAAUUAAAUGUAGUUUUAAAAUAUAUUCACCUUUUUCUUUCUUGUGUCAUUUGCAGCUCACAGAUUCCAUUCGCCGUAUUAAAAUUCACUUUAACUUAAGAUUUGGAAUGAAUAAUUUGUGUUUAACUGCGAUUUUAGAUCAUAAUGGAGAGUUGUCUUAUUUUACGUAUGAUCUAGUCAUCUUUUAUUCAAACCAAUUUUACAUUCACAUAGUUUGAAUGAAAACUAAACGAUUUAAAAUGAUGUGGAAUCCUUUGAGGGGUUUCGGUUUUCCCCAAAAAGUGUUUAACAGCAUGCCGUCAUCGUCGGAGCUGCGAUGAGGGCGUAGAUAAACAAUUCAGGUCCUGGUGAUUGUCCAGCUACGCAAGGCCCUCCCAAUGAAGCCAUUUGGAAAAGUGACAGUCCUCGGUCCCCGCUGGUGUGGGGUGCUCACUCAGUUGAAACUUCAGUGUUGACUGAAGUCCAACAUUUCACCACCAAAAUCGCAUCACCCGGGAAGACUUGUUCGAGAAGAUCUUCACGGUUCCAUGCUGUAUUGCAACAGUGACUCGCCGGCUCACAAAUCCUAAGUUUGUGUCAUCAACAGACAGGAUGUGAAGCUGUUUUUCCUGAAAAUAAGCGCCAUGACUAAUUUAUGCUCGUCGUGAAGCAGUUAAAGCGCCUAAGAAUGUUUCUUCUUAUAUGCCCUUUUGAUUUAAAGUUGAACAGACACUUGUUUAAAAUGGAUAAUCAUUUGAAAGGAUCUGGGAAGGCUCAGUCUGCCACAGACUGAUGCACUUUCCACUCCGAGUUUGUACAAGUCAUUUUCCGUGUUGCCGUGAAACACGGAGGCGAGUGCUGAGCUUGUGAAAAGGAGAUUCGUUGAACAGGGGUUUGUUUAAUUGUAGGAAUAUGUUCGCCAAGCAACGAAUACAAACGAGUUCAAACAAACAGAGGAACAAAACGGGAGACAUGAGACGCGUCCUCCUUGAGUUUCAGCAGCCGAUUAGCAGGAACAUACUCACAUAGUUUCCACAGUUACACAACAGGACAUGCCGGUUUGUUGUUUGUACAUGAUCACGCAGUAAGCACUCACAACACUAUAAAGUCAGCAUUAUCGCGCAACCGGAGGACCCAAUGGGCCACGAUACAACAAAUACGUUUGUGGGAGCUGGAAAUUCAAUUCCAUGCUUUGUAUCAGAGUCACAAAGCUUACUGAAGGCUUGACGAGCACCAACGAAGACAUCGCCCUGACUUUUCAACUCUUUAUUCACCAUAAAUCCGGGAGCCGCUUGGGAGAGCGACAAAAAUAACAAAAAUGUUCGCUUGUUUGGAUUCAUAAUGUUUCGGAAUUCAGUCGAUGUAAACAUUGACCCAAAACAUUUAUGUG